CAUUGGCCGUUCGCCAUUCUCGCGUCUUCUUUCUCUGCAACUCUCCAAUCUUCCCUUCAACGAGACCUCAAUUCCGCAGACCCGUCAGAGCAUGGCUUCGACCCCUUUCUCGGCUGCUUUCUCCACUCCUUCGCACGGCUUCCAUCGAGCCAGAACGAAUCGGAGCUCCUCCGUUCCAACCUCUUCUUGGUCCCCGUUAGGAUCCUCGCUUGGUUCCUGUGAAUCGGCUUUUUUCGUUAACGGGUUGCCGUUGUCGCUUCCGAGCUCGUCGCGGCGACUCGGCCCCAGUUCUCGCUCGUCGGGUGUUCAUGCUAGAGCUGCCACCGGGAAGACCCUCUACGAUUUCACUGUGAAGGACAUUGACAGUAAGGAUGUUUCUCUGAGCAAAUUCAAGGGAAAAGUCUUAUUAAUUGUGAACGUCGCUUCCAAAUGUGGCUUGACGACAUCAAACUACAAGGAGCUCUCGCACGUAUAUGAGAAGUACAAGACUCAAGGUUUUGAAAUACUGGCUUUUCCUUGUAAUCAAUUUGGUGGCCAGGAGCCCGGUUCAAAUCCUGAGAUUAAGCAAUUCGCCUGUACAAGGUUUAAAGCAGAGUUUCCGAUAUUUGAUAAGGUCGACGUUAAUGGACCAGGUACGGCCCCUGUAUAUCAGUUUCUGAAAUCAACUGCAGGAGGUUUUUUGGGUGACCUGAUCAAGUGGAACUUUGAGAAGUUUCUGGUUGAUAAAAAUGGCAAAGUUGUGGAGAGAUAUCCUCCAACAACGUCUCCUUUUCAAAUAGAGAAGGACAUUCAGAAGCUUCUUGCUGCUUGAUCAUUUAUCCAACAGUAAUUCUCUCAUCGUAGGAGGAAACAAACUGAAUGAGUUGGGGUUAAAGGUUCUGCGGCACCUCUUUUUUUCUAUGAACAAGAUGUAUUUGCGACGUACAUUUGGACAUGCUGAACUGGAGUUAGUGGGUUGUUCAUUCAUCUACAA